UGACAUAUCAGAUACUGGUUCGUAUUUUGAAUACAUUAUGCUAUUUUAUGCAGUUUUUUGUUUCUUGUACACUAUGAAAGCGUUAUCCGUUGCAGUAAGAAGAAAGUCAGGCAAUAUGGCGAGUAAUAACAUGAGCACCACGAUAAUCGCUACCAUGACAACGGAGCAGCAGCACUGCAGGUCACGUGCUAGCGACAAGAUGCUGGACAUGUCACGUGACAACUCCCCGAUGCUAGGUAACCAUGGUAACCGGGACUACAACUUCCUGUAUCCAGGGUUACAGCCCCUCAGUGUGCCCUCUCCCCUGUCCUCUAACGGCUGCUUGAAGAUCUGCGUGUCCGGCAGAGUGUUUGAACUCACUCUGGACCAGGUUAAGAGGUACCCGGACUCUUUGCUAGCUGACCCUGAUAAAAUGGCAGAGUAUUACCUCCCCGCUUUAGGCAUGUUCUUCUUCGACAGGAACAGGUACGUGUUCGAGCACAUCAUGCAGUUCUACCAGACAAGCGACGGUUACAUGGAGUUUCCCGACGACAUUCCCUGCCAGCUGUUGGAGAUAGAGUUAGAUUUCUACAAGAUCGGACACAGGUCCAUCAAGAGAACUGAGGAGAGUGAGGAGGAGCCGGUACUCACUGUGUGGGACAAGGGACGCAGGUUCUUUAAUGACCCCGGUUUUAAUGUGUUUGCUAAGAGUUGGAUGGCGUUGGACAUUUUCUUCAUCAUUAUAUCAGUAAUAACAUUCGUUCUGAAAACGGAGGAUGUGAUCCAGUUGUACGAGGAACAGCACUACGAACUGCACCUCUUCUUCUGGGUUACCACUAUCUUCUGCGCCGUAUUCUUCACAGUGGAUCUGGGGGGCAGGUUGGUGUUUUGUAAGAACAAGUACCGCUUCUUCCUGGAGAUGAUGCCCUGGUUGGAUAUAAUCGCUAUAAUCCCCCUUUACGUGGAGAUAUUCGAGAGGUACCUGGAUCUCAGGGGAGACCUACUGAACAUCCUGAAACUGUUCAGGAUGGCCAGAGUGGCCCGGUGCUUGAAGCUCAUCAGACGCUCCAAGAAACUCAUACUCAUAUUCCAGAUCCUACGGGAGUGUAAGGAGGAGCUGUCGUUGUUGCUGCUGGUGUGGGCUACUGGCACUCUUAUUUCAGGUUCUAUAAUGUUCUACGUGGAGGAGAGAGCUAACAGCGCCAGGUUCUACUCAAUCCUGGAGUCCUGCUGGUGGGCUAUUACCACUAUAGGAACUAUAGGUUACGGCAAUAUCCGCCCCGUCACCGCUGUCGGACUCUUCCUCACUACCGCCAUCAUUUUCUGUUCCAUGAUUUUCAUGACCGUUCCCAUGACAAUCAUUAUCAGAAGAUUCUCAGAUUCGUACGAGAAGGUAGAGAGAUUGAAGACGGAUGUUAAGUUGUUCGGAACUGCUCCGCUCAAAACAUCGUCCUGGUCCGUGUCGGACGGAAUACCAAGUCUCAAUAAUAACUCAUGGGCUAAAAUCAACGACACAUCUAGGUCAAAGUCUUCACGAUUUUAACACUCAAUGUAUAACGUGUAUAGUUACCAGUAGUAACCAGUAGUUACCAGUAUUUACCAGUAUUUACCAGUAGUUAC